CGUCACUCACUACGCGCACCUACAGACGAACUUCAGCGAUGCUGCUGACGGGACUCACGGCACUCGUUCGCUGCGUCUGAAAGUGCUCGGAUUUGCGGGAAACUUCUUGAAAGCGGCAUCUUUUGUAUUAGAGCGACCCCGAAGACGUUUUGUGAGGCAUCGUGAUGAUGACAAUGACGGGAGCGCGCGUUUGUGCGGUGAUUGCGCUCGUAAUGUGCGUGUCCGGCGUGUGUGAGGCGGGAUGCGCGGAUAGACCGACACCGAGAUGCUGCCCGGGACGGAAUAACGAGUGUGUGGAGAGGAGCGCGAGGAGAACCGUGUGUUACUGCGACACGUACUGCAGGAGGAGCGGCGACUGCUGCGACGAUUACCAGACCGUGUGCCACAUAUCAGCAGCUAUAGACUGUGAAGUCCGGCAGUGGGGCCCAUGGUCUCCGUGUUCAUCCGUCUGUGGGGCGGGGACUACAGAGCGAAGCCGACAGGUAGCCACACCCCCACGCAACGGAGGCACGCCCUGUCCCGACCUCAAACAGCGCCGCGGGUGUCUUGCGCACACCGAGACCUGCAGUGCAGCUAAAGAGGUGGCCAAAAUCCUGUCUGACUCAUUCAAGCGGAACUUUAAGGAUCCUUGGAGACGGCCGCACAUGCUUAUGAAGGAGGAGAAGAAGAGUUACUGCGUGCAGAUGCGUGUAAAGCAGGCGAGCGCUGCAUGUAAGGUGAAACCGUGGAGCGCCGGGUUGGUUCGUGAACGAUCCGUAUGCGUUGAGUGUCAGAGCGAAGCCAUGACGACCGAUGACCGCUGCCGUGGAGAUGGGCUGCAGAACAUCAGAACUUUCUGGGCCGCUGCAUCAGCACCGGGCUGCUCUGGGUCGUGGGUUCGAGAGUCAUUCACUGAGAACUGCCAGUGUCCGUCUUACUCCCUGAUUUUCAUAUGAACCAACACACCAUUUAAAGCUCAUUUCAAAAGACAUGGUUGCUCCAAAUUGUUCCACAGGAGUCCUGGAGAGCCUCCGACAUCUGAAGACAAAUUCUCUCCGUCAAAAGCUAAGCAAUCUAUCAUUUUCCUGUGUGUCUGUGCCUCCACCAAACCAACACACAACCCUGUUCUUCUGAAGCUCUGCUACCUCCAAAAUGCACCUGCACACGUUUCUGAUGCCUUCGAUUAUAGAUUUCACUCUGUAUUGUUGUUUUUCAGCUCUUGUCUGUCUGCUGAUUCAUACGUACUGUAUUUAUAUAUGUUGAAUACGUGAAUGUACUUCUGUGUGUCAGUGUGUGUGUGUCUGUGUCAGUUUUCACGUGUUGCGUGUGUUUUUGAAUGCAAAUCUCGUUAAUGCACGAGUUGCUGAAAGACAAGCUAAUGUAUAUGAAUGUUUCUAUUCGGUAGUAUUGUUUUCUGGUGAAAAUCCCUUCUUUGUUCGUUUUCAAGUGUCCUGAUUAAUGCAAAAAUACUAGAGUGCCUUAUGAAUGCCACAAAGUCAAUUUGACAUCAGCGUUCAUUUUGUUUGCAUGGUUUGAAGCUGUAUUCGAAACUGCAAAGCGCCCUAAACUGAUGACGUACAGUAUAAUUUGUCCAUCACAGUGUAAAACUUUUCUCAUAGCUGCUUGUUUCUGCAGAAUUUGCUUUUGCGUAAAAUAAAAUUGCAGUUUAUUUUAUUAAGAUAAAUUUCCAAUUUAUUUAUUAUUACAGCAUCUCUGAUUCUGAUAUAUAGUGACUUUCGCGCACACGUAUAAUAUAACAUCAGGACUGCACCAAAUAAAUGCUUACUAGAUUGCAGUUUCAUUGUAUUCUUGCACUGCAAGUAAUAUUCCAACAGUUUUGAUGCUUUUGUAUGAUUUAUGUUGCCUCUGCGAUGUUAUUUUUAUUCCCAUCACACAUUAAACAGUCAUCUAAGUAAAUUUUCUUGCAUUGCUUGCUUUUUAAACAUCCUAAUUGACAUUUCGGUGUGAUUCUGUUGCUCGUCCUACAAGUGUGUUUUCAGUAAUGCAGUCACUGGCGUCAGCGAGCCGUAGUGGGUAUUUAGCGUGCAUGUGCUCAUUACAGAUCAAAGGGCUUGUCUUGUUUACAUACACCCAUCUGCGCACAUACUGCACUCACUACAUACAUUUUGUGGCAUUUUUUGCAUGCUUGUUCAGCAGCAUGCUAAGUACAGUAUACUUAGGAUUCAGGUAACCAUGUGUUGAUGUUCAGUUUGUAGGACUCAGUGAACAACUAACACAGUUACUAGUACUUUCUAUACUGCUUUACCCUUUUUUUAACUUCUGCUUAAAUGUUUUAAAUAGCUUUUGUAAAAACAAAAAAUAAAUUUUUUGAAAUUGCUUAUGUAUAAAUGUCGUUACAAAAUAA